AAACCUUUCACACUCCGCUUGUCUGCCCUGAGAGUCAACAUGUGCACUGGCAAAUGCUCUCGCUUCUUGGGAUUGUCUCUGCUCCCCAUGUCCCUGAGCUGCAUCAUUGCCAAUGUCCUCCUCUUCUUCCCUAAUGGAAAGACCACCAGCACCGACCACAUCACCCUCCAAGUCUGGCUGAUGGGCGGCAUUAUAGGAGGGGGCCUCUUUGUACUGUGUCCAUCAUUUGCUGCAAUUCGUGCAGGGGGGGAAGGCUGCUGUGGGGCCGGAUGCUGUGGAAACCGAUGCAGAAUGCUCCGCUCAGUUUUCUCCUCCAUAUUCGGUGCUCUGGGAGGAUUCUAUUGUUUGGUCGUGUCGGGCACAGGUCUUUCUGAUGGACCUUUGUGCCUCAUUGAUGGGAAGUGGAAAUAUCAUUAUAAGGACUACAAUGAGAGUUACCUGUUCAAUAAGACGUCCUGGAAUGACUGUGAGGAGCCCAAAAACAUUGUCCUGUGGAAUAUCGUCCUGUUUUCCAUCCUCCUUGGCUUCGGUGCUCUAGAGUUUGUCCUCUGUGCCAUCCAGGUUGUUAAUGGACUCAUGGGCGUGUUGUGUGGGGACUGCAGAAAGAAGGGCAAGAAUGAAGGCUGAUUUGUCUCCCUUGUCACUGAGUGAACGUUCCACCUGCUGUACAGAAGGGCCACCACACCAACACCCACCCCAAGAUUUAAGGAACACUCCGUGUUUUCUAUGAAUUUUGUAGAGUUUGUAUAAUAAAUCCAAUCCUCCAACCAGUGCUCCUUCUGUAGGUAGGGAACCCAAUUCAUAUCCACUUGUGUAUUAUAUUAUUUCUCUGCCUGGCUCCUCAUUCUUUUGGAUAUUCGAGCUCAAUCUGUAAUUUGUUUUGCAAUUAUUGAUAAAGUAAUUCAUAAAAUGACACAUUUAUCAAGGGUCGAAUUUUGAAUUUUUAAAGCAUAAACCCCAAUAAAUUAGAAAUUUGACCAGUCAAAAUGUGUUAAUAAAAUCUAAUUUUUAAUACUCAGACAAAUUUAAAUCACCCAAAAACUUGAAUCGAAUUAGAUCGAACUCAGUUUGUGUUUUUUUCCUCAGGAAGGCUGCAAACAUCUCCAAAAUUGAUCCCUGCGCCUCUUCCAUUGACUUAAACAGUAAUUCGGCAGGUUUUAGGUGGCGAAUAGUCAAAUUCAAAUUCUUAAAGGGCCAGAGUAUGAUAAAUCUCGAAAAUCUAAUUCGAAUUUUUAAAAAGACUCAAAUUGAGUUUUGAUAACUCCCUAGUUGAAUUUGACAGUUUUGACCAUAAAACAUUUGAAAAUUUGACCCUUGAUAAAUCUGGUGGUGUCCAGGGGAACCUAUAAUGAGAUUUAAUGGUGAUAGGCUAACUGCCAAUUUGUAGGUUCUGGCAAAUGCCAGUAAUAUGCCAUAGACGGUCACUGUUUAUUGGGCUGGUGAGGGGCUGUUUGGGCCUCUGUGAACAUGAAUCCCAGUCCAGACUUGCUCACUACAGGUUUGUCAGCAGGUUUACAGAUUAUUUUUGUAUUCCUGACAGAUAAAGGCACAACAUCCAUCUACAAGGUCCAUAUACCUGACACGGGUCAGAUAGACCAGCCAGAGUAAGGCCCCUGAUGGACCUCAUCUUAAGACCAUUAACCUUUCUCAUUCCCCCUCUGUAAGGGUCUAUAACACUUAUAGAAUACAGCACAGUCUACUGUAUGGCCUGAAAUAUCUUAGAUUGUAGAGACCAAUGAAGCACCAGACUCAUCUGCAACAGAUGAAGGAGCUUCUGCUCAGUAGUGUGUCUACUUACCCACUUGAUGCACUGCUGACCAUAAGGACCCACAAAACAAAGUUCUACUGCAACGACUCAUAUCUAGAAGGCAGGAGUGCUCCUCCAAUCCAAGUCAGAAUAUAUUUGAAUCCUAUUGAUCAGGAGGAGCCACCUUGAUCUACAAGUGUCUGGAGCAUGUGCCACCAAGCAUUCUGACUAAGUACAUAAUGUAACUCAAUUGCUUGGCCGAUCAAACUGUUGUGUGGCCUUCUGGGAGAACUUGAGGAAUAAGGCAAGUUGAACUAUACGGAUGAAGCCAUAUAUUAAUAUUUGUAACUGGCAUAUUAACUUCACUUAGAUAGAGAGCCAUCUGGCCACACCCACUUUAAUAAAUAUUUUCACAUUAAA